AUGUACCUCGACCAGAUGCUCCCGGAACUCGAAAUGGGCAACACAACAAUGACGCUCGAGAGUCAACAGUGCCAUUACGCGGCACCUCCGCAGAAUGAGACGCGCAGGGUGGCUCAUUGCCCCACGUCGGGUCCACCAAGCCCGGUGUCGUUAGGCUCUGAAUCCAGCUGUUCAAGCCCGGAACCGAAAUCGGCUACGGAAACUCGGGUGAGACGCCCUCUCAACGCGUUCAUCAUUUGGACCAAAGUGGAGCGCAGACGCCUUGCGCAGCUGAACCCCGACCUGGAGAACACUGACCUCAGUAAAAUCCUCGGCAAGACAUGGAAGUCCAUGUCUCUGGCAGAGAAGCGUCCCUACAUGCAAGAAGCAGAAAGACUACGAAUCCAGCACACCAUCGACUACCCCAACUACAAAUACAGGCCCCGUCGGCGGAAGUGCAACAAGCGUAGCAAGACACCUCCAAGAGACACCACCACUUCUCCAAACAGCUCCUUUCACCCCAGCUACAUGUUCCAAAGCCAUGUCCCACAGCAUCCGUACAAUCUUCAGCACUCAUACAACCGAAUAAACUCCUAUAAUCUCCCACACAGUGGCUUUGCAUUACAAAACCACUCUUCAGCAUUCCACCAUGGAGCACCAUCAUCAAAUGGAGAUGUAAUGUUCCCCAGCAGUGCAUCAUUACAUCCUCAGAAUUCAUCUUCAGUACAUCUACCCCUGGCUGCUUACUCAUUUCCACAGCAUGCCAUGCAGCAGAGUGGGGUGGAGCCCCACGAUUGGCGGGGGAUGGAGGUGUGUGCAUGUGUACUUUGCUUGGGUGGAACUUCUCUGGAGUUUUAUCUAGAACAGGUGAGAUCAGACAUGCUGGAUCAGCUUGACCGCAGUGAAUUCGACCAGUACCUCAACCCAAUGCUGCCAGACCACAACAAAGAGUGACCGCAAACUACUUGUCCUUUACUACCUCCGUCCAGAGACUGCAAUGGUUUAACCACAGACUGGAAACAUUUAAGCAGCUUUUGCUGCUGUGAGACUGUGACUAAUGACUGUAUAGAAAGAAAUCUCUUUAUUUAUAUGUAAUGUUUUAGUUGUUGACAUGCACGCAGAAAGGUCAUGUCAUUGUAUACUUCAAGUUCAGUGUGUAUUUAUACAUUUGUUUUAUACGUGUAUGACGGUUCACA